GUGUGUGUGUGGCGGUGACAGCAGCGGCGGUGGGCGGGGGCUGGGCUCGGAGCACUGAGCGAGUCUCGUCUUCGCAGAGACCGUAGACCGGAGGGGAGUUAACACGGGGAUUGGGGCUGCUCUUCACUGCACGGAAUCGCGUGCUGUGACUUCUGGCUCGGUGGGAGGGUCCCCGGUCACCAUGACAGACUAAGGGUGCUCUGUCUCUGCUGGACAUGGCUUUUUUUGUACUAGUCGCCCCCUGCUGCCUGCCACAUGAGUCCUCCAGCCUGUGAGGAGCCACAUCAGCUGUUUAUGGAAACUACAACUGCGUUUCCACGUUUUAGGAAUUAACCCAGGAUAAGCAACCCCCCCCACCCCCCUUCCUCCACCCUUUGGAAAUUGGCACUUUUUUUUUUUUUUUUUUGCGAUCGGGCGGAGGAGGUAGAAAUAAAACAUACAAAAUGGCGAACAACUCGUACAGCGGGGUGAAGAACUCCCUGGUGGAGGCCAAUCACGAUGCGGAGUUUGGCUGUUCGCUAAAAGAACUGCGCGCUCUGAUGGAGCUGAGGGGCGCAGAGGCACUGGGAAAAAUCGGGGAAACUUAUGGAGAUACGCAAGGACUCUGCAACCGGUUAAAAACGUCGCCGGUGGACGGUUUAAGUGGACAGCCUGCAGAUAUCGAGAAGAGGAAAACAGUGUUUGGGCAGAACCUUAUACCGCCCAAAAAACCUAAGACUUUCUUGCAGUUAGUUUGGGAAGCGCUUCAGGACGUGACCCUCAUCAUCCUGGAAGUAGCAGCCGUAGUUUCGCUAGGCCUUUCAUUUUACAGACCUCCAGACACGGAAAGAGAUCAUUGCGGGAAAGCGGCUGGAGGCGUUGAGGACGAGGGCGAGUCGGAGGCGGGCUGGAUCGAGGGGGCGGCCAUCUUGUUGUCGGUGAUCUGCGUUGUCCUGGUGACGGCCUUCAACGACUGGAGCAAAGAGAAGCAGUUCCGAGGUCUCCAGAGCCGCAUCGAGCAGGAGCAGAAGUUCACGGUGGUGCGCGGCGGGCAGGUCAUCCAAAUCCCCGUGGCCGAGAUAGUGGUGGGCGACAUUGCACAAGUUAAAUACGGUGACCUCUUGCCUGCUGACGGAGUCCUUAUCCAAGGCAACGACCUGAAGAUAGAUGAGAGCUCGCUGACGGGGGAGUCGGACCACGUGAAGAAGACACAGGAGAAAGACCCCAUGCUCCUCUCAGGCACUCACGUAAUGGAGGGCUCGGGGAAGAUGGUGGUGACCGCUGUGGGUGUCAACUCCCAAACUGGAAUAAUCUUCACUUUACUCGGAGGAGGAGAGGAUGACGACGACGAAGAGGAGGAGAAGAAGAAAGAGAAGGAGGAAAAGAAGAAAGCCAAAAAAAACAAAAAACAGGACGGAUCUGUGGAGAAUCGUAAAAAAGCAAAAGCGCAGGACGGCGCGGCGAUGGAGAUGCAGCCUUUGAACAGCGAUGAAGGAGGCGACGCGGAGGAGAAGAAAAAAGCCAAUCUGCCAAAGAAAGAGAAGUCUGUUCUCCAGGGCAAACUGACCAAACUGGCCGUGCAGAUCGGCAAAGCAGGUUUGGUCAUGUCCGCCAUCACGGUCAUCAUCCUCGUGGUGCUUUUUGUCGUCGACACGUUCUGGAUACAAAACCUCCCCUGGGUGAAGGACUGCACGCCGAUCUACAUCCAGUUUUUCGUCAAGUUUUUCAUUAUCGGCGUCACCGUUUUGGUGGUCGCCGUGCCAGAGGGAUUACCGCUCGCCGUAACCAUCUCCCUGGCGUAUUCGGUGAAGAAAAUGAUGAAGGACAACAACCUGGUGCGACACUUGGACGCCUGCGAAACUAUGGGCAACGCCACCGCCAUCUGCUCCGAUAAAACGGGCACGCUCACCAUGAACCGCAUGACUGUGGUACAGGCCUACGUCGGCGAGAAGCACUACAAGAAAGUCCCCGAGCCCGAAAACAUCCCUUCUUCCACUUUAGAUAUCCUCAUUCUGGGCAUCUCCGUUAACUGCGCCUACACCACCAAAAUCAUGUCUCCUGAAAAAGAAGGGGGCUUGCCUCGACAGGUGGGGAACAAAACCGAAUGUGCCUUGCUCGGCUUCGCUAACGAUCUGAAGCGAGACUACCAGGUCAUCCGCAACGAGAUCCCCGAGGAGAAACUGUACAAAGUCUACACCUUCAACUCUGUGCGCAAGUCCAUGAGCACGGUCCUCAAGAUGGCCGACGGCAGCUACCGCAUGUUUAGCAAAGGAGCCUCCGAAAUCCUGCUCAGAAAGUGUUAUAAAAUCUUAACAGCGAACGGCGAACAGAAGAUGUUUCGCCCGCGUGACCGUGACGAUUUAGUGAAGAAGGUGAUCGAGCCCAUGGCGUCCGAGGGGCUUCGGACCAUCUGCCUGGCCUACAGGGACUUCCCAGCCUCGGACGGAGAGCCAGACUGGGACAGCGAGAACGACAUCCUCACGGGACUCACCUGCGUCUGCGUGGUGGGCAUCGAAGACCCUGUCAGACCAGAGGUCCCAGACGCCAUAAAGAAGUGCCAGCGCGCCGGCAUCACGGUGCGGAUGGUGACAGGAGACAACAUAAACACGGCUCGAGCCAUAGCAACGAAAUGUGGGAUUCUGCAGCCAGGAGACGACUUCCUGUGUCUGGAGGGCAAAGAGUUCAACCGCAGGAUACGCAACGAGAAAGGAGAGAUUGAACAAGAACGUAUCGACAAAAUCUGGCCCAAGUUACGAGUCCUGGCGCGUUCUUCACCAACAGAUAAACACACUUUAGUUAAAGGUAUUAUCGACAGCACGGUGGUAGAGCAGAGACAGGUGGUGGCUGUGACAGGAGACGGGACGAAUGACGGUCCUGCCUUGAAGAAAGCUGAUGUUGGUUUUGCCAUGGGCAUCGCCGGCACAGACGUCGCCAAAGAAGCCUCCGACAUCAUCCUGACAGACGACAACUUCAGCAGCAUCGUGAGGGCCGUGAUGUGGGGCCGGAACGUCUACGACUCCAUCUCAAAGUUCCUCCAGUUUCAGCUCACGGUCAACGUCGUGGCUGUGAUCGUCGCGUUCACCGGAGCGUGCAUCACACAGGACUCCCCUCUGAAGGCCGUGCAGAUGCUGUGGGUGAAUUUGAUCAUGGACACGUUCGCGUCUCUGGCUCUGGCCACGGAGCCGCCCACCGAGUCUCUGCUGCUACGGAAACCAUACGGACGCAACAAGCCCCUCAUCUCACGCACCAUGAUGAAGAACAUCCUGGGGCAGGGCGUGUACCAGCUCGUCAUCAUCUUCACUCUGCUCUUCGCCGGAGAGAGGUUGUUCGACAUCGACAGCGGCCGUAAUGCUCCUCUUCACGCUCCUCCCUCUGAACACUACACCAUCGUCUUCAACACUUUUGUCCUGAUGCAACUCUUCAACGAAAUCAACGCCCGAAAGAUCCACGGGGAGCGGAACGUGUUCGACGGCAUUUUCAACAACCCCAUUUUCUGCAGCAUCGUCUUUGGCACUUUCAUCGUACAGAUCGUCAUCGUGCAGUUUGGAGGGAAACCGUUCAGCUGCGUCGCUCUGACCAUCGACCACUGGCUCUGGUGCACUUUCCUCGGCUUCGGCUCUCUGCUCUGGGGACAGGUAAUCUCUUCGAUACCCACGAGUCGACUAAAGUUCUUGAAGACGGCGGGUCACGGGACACAGAAGGAGGAGAUCCCGGACGAAGAGCUGGAGGAGCUGGAGGACAUGGACGAGAUCGACCACGCCGAGAGAGAACUGCGCCGCGGACAGAUUCUGUGGUUCAGAGGUCUAAACCGCAUUCAGACCCAGAUGGAUGUAGUCAGUGCUUUCCAGAGUGGAACUUCCUUUCAGGGGGCUCUAAGGCGGCAGGCCUCCAACUCCAGCCAACAACAGCACGAUAUCCGGGUGGUGAAUGCAUUCCGCAGCUCCAUCUCCCUCUAUGAGGGGCUGGAGAAGCCCGAGUCGCGCAGCUCCAUUCAUAACUUCAUGACUCACCCCGAGUUCAGGAUCGAGGACUCGGAGCCCCACAUCCCCCUCAUCGAUGACACCGACGCAGAGGACGACGCGCCCACCAAACGAAACUCCGCCAGCCCCCGCAACGCCACGCCCACCCCGCCUUCACCCACCCCCUCCCCCGUCUCCGCGGGACCCCCCGCGGCGCUGCCCCUCUCCCCAAACCAGAACAAUAACGCCGUGGACAGUAACCACCUGCUCCCGGAGGCGCCCAAGUCGGCCACGCCCUCCGCCCCCAGCAGCCCCCUGCACAGCCUGGAGACGUCGCUCUGAUGGCCCUGAGCUCCGGGGCGGGGGCAGGUGCGGCAGGUGCGGCCCCGGGCGGGGGCGGACGGGGCUGCGGACUCUCAGUGGAAUGUAGGCGUGGUGUGGAUGCUUUGGUCUUUACGUUUGGUUGUUUCUUGCCGCUGCACAGGACUCCACCCUCUUCCCUUGUUUGGCUCGGUAACACGGGGCGACUACAAACUGAUUGAAAGUGACCUGUUUUUAUGAUAUUAUUAUUUUAAUUUUGAAUGGAGCUUGAAGAUCGUCUGUAAGAUUCUGAACGAACCUUUGGCUUCUUUUAUCUGAAUGGUGUUGUAUAUUUAUAUAUCUGGCCCUUGCUCAUUCUGUUCAUUGGCUGUUAAUAUUUUGAGUUAUUUAUGUUUUUGGAAAAGCAGGUCUGUUUACAAAGUUUGUAGAUACUUUUUUUCUGUUUGUAGGCAAAGAGCUUCCUGAUGUAUGAUACAGACAAUGGGACAGAGUUAUGAAUGAGGAUUAUUUCACAUACUGCUGUAUUUUCAGGAAAAAGGGUGUUUCUAUUUGAAACUUAACUAUUUUUGCCUGCAAGUUUUAUUUGUUAUAUAUUUGUAGAUAAACAUAGAACCUUCUAGCCAAACGGAUAAACACUAAGGCUUGUAUAGAGAGGUCCAGCAGAGACGGGACAAUUAACACAAUUAGGACCUCUGUUCACUAACUUGCUAUAAAUAUAUUUACUUCUUCCAUUCUUUGAUAGUUCAAUGUGCACAAGACCUUCUGCGUUCGGGUUUGUUUUCAUUCGUUGUGUUCAAAGAUUUCCACAUGUUGAAAGGUUCACUCGUUAAAAGGGACGUAUAUAGAGACCUGACCUGGACGUUGAUCUAGCACGCAUCUACAGACCUACCCGUUAGCUUGGCACCGUAGCGAUAGUCUUACCUUUAAAGCGGUACGUGAGGGCCUUAUUUUGAAACGUUUCGAGCAGCGUUGGGCGUUUUAUUGGUUAUGCACAAAUGACGCUUAAAAAUACACAGCCAAAAUUCACCAAAAAAAAAGCACCAAAUCGACCUGUACAGUUGUUUUCGUUGUAUUUACGUCGGGUUUUCGAUAUUUUCGCGCUGUGUUUUGAGCGGUUUAGUCGAGGGCUGCACCAUUUCAAAGAUGCGUUUUAUUUUGCUUGCGUUUGGAAAAAACUUCUGACAAGUUUCGCGAUUCGUUUUUUUCAGUUUUGGUCAAGUGUGAACAACCCCAGGAGCGUUAACGUUUGAGAAAAAGAACGAAACGUGACCUGAUGCGGAACGUUUUUCUAGAAGUGUGAACUACAGCUGCAACAAAUCCAUUUAGGGUCAAUCUGGUCUUUUGUAAAUUAAUUCUAGCUCAUUCUUUUUUCAGAUCAUGGUUUAAUUCGAGUCAAUUCAUAGCUUUUUUUUUUACUUUUUCAGAGUGUGUUGAAUCGGGAUAUUCAGGGCGAAAACCAAAAUGGUGGACACUUAAAAAACAUUAUUACUUCCUCUCGUUUAAGCAGUGAUAAGUUCAAGUUUUAGUGAACAAUUCUAACCGUAUAAAUUGCCAAAAAUCUCAGAAGGUUCAGUUUAUCUACUGCUAAAAUUCGGUGAGUAUAACUUAAGAAUUAUAGGAGCGACUAAAGAUUUAAAAGCGUCAGUGACUUUUGGGCCACGCUGUAUUUACUCUCCUGCAGAUGGCGCUGUCGUUUUGCCUCCACCUGUAGAACGACGGCGCCGGAACUGGUUUAAAUCGGCUGAACGAACACGUCGCAGUAACACCGCGUGACCACUAUGAGUAAAGGCGCUAGUGAGCAAUCCAAUCUUACUAAAACGAACACAGGUACAACACGAUUUUUCGACUAAAAACGCAGGAUAUUUUGUUGUUUUGCGGUUUGUAUUUGGAAAAAAAACUCAAGUAGCUGUUUAGAUCUGAUUACACUUGAUGGUACGGCCCUCGUCUCGUCAGUUUUUCACUUCUCAAUCAGUUUUUUACGCAGAAAAAAACCUACUGAACGUGCCUUGACGACCCUUCAGAACUACACCACCACCUCCCGCAUUAACCACCCGCCUCGUGACUGUUGCCUCACUAUAGAGUAGCUUUCUGUGGAUGCUCGCUAAAUACAGACCCGGGUUUUUAUUUUCUUUGAAUUGGUGCAAUUUGUGAUAUAUAUAUUUUUUAUUUAUUAUUAUUAUUUCCCUGCCGAUUCUAACUAGCCCCUGCCAAUGCAUGCUCUACCAUUUGUUUACUCAGGCAAAUAGAAAUGUGUUGCGUUUUAAAGGGAAUCAGCUGCGAUCUCCUUUGAGCUCGGACGUGUAGCUCCGAUAGCUGGUUGAUGUCUUGUUUUAAAAAAAAAAACAAAAAAACCUACCUUAUUUAUACUUUAGGCGAGACUAAAUUAUCGUUUUGGUUCUAGUUCUUCUGUUUUAGUACGAAGGCGAUUCUGUUUCGACCCUGUUCACUUCUUUAAAUCACAUACACUGCAUUUUUGGGGGUUCUUUGUAAGGCAUUUUUUUUUUUGACUGGAAAAAUGAAAAUUGGACGUGAAUUUUGUUUUGUUUUUUCAAGAAUAAAGCUUAGGCGAACACUGGUAAUGCUCUGCACAGGGUACUUUAUUUCAUACGGCGUUCCUGAUACGAAACGCAUUUUGAUACGAACCUUAAGAAUAGAGAAAUUGUACCUUUGUAUUUUUAUGACAGUACUGAUGCUUUCCGCUGACUACAACACAAUUUUGGAUGAUUUGACACCAAACGAUGUUAUUCUACAAGGGACGGGAGGGUUUUUGGCAACUAAAAAAAAUAUAUUUAUUCUGGAAAAAUCUCAUCUCAGGGUGCAAACGGUGUGAACGAGAACUGGCCUCUUUUAAUAUAAGUUUAUUUCUCACUUUCUCACUGUUUUUGGGCUGGCUGGCUUGUUUAGCUGCACGGGACGCCUAUAGACACUGUACCGCAAGGUUUAUAUCUAAAUCUAAAGCCGUACUACGUAGCUUUUCUCGUGCGGGGUCCGUCGUUUGCUUGUCGCCGUGGAGAUGAUGAUGCGCUUUGCCUAGAAUUUUCCUCAAAACGUCUGUGGAAUUGGUGUUUAUUGAGCCGCAGGAGGCGUUUCUGAUGAAAAACAGGCUUCUUACUGCGCGUGGGGUCGCCUCUCCACAGAUCUGACCUGUCCUGCUCGCCUCCGUGAUGAUAGAUGAAAUACCAAAUGGUAGAACGUUCCUGGCAAAACAGCAUCUCCACGGAAACGAGUCCCGCACUGGAAAAGUUUACGUAGCGCAGUUUUAAGAUGAACUGACCUGAAUCGUGAAUUUUUUAUCUUGAUUUGCAGAGUUUUGUUUAGAUUUUUUAUUAAUUUAAUCGUUGCAAAAUCGUUUCUAACUGGUUUCGAGAUAUUUCCGUGUUUUCUGGACUAUAAGUUGCUCUGGAGUAUAAGUCGCACCAGCUAAAAAUCCAUAAUAAUGAAGAAAAAAACAUAUAUAAGUCGCGUUUUUUGGGGAAAUGUAUUGACAAAAUCCAAGACCAAGAACAGACAUUUUAUCUUUAAAGGCAAAUUAUAAUGAAAACAAUAAAAUAUUUGUUCAGUCUUUCUUAAAUGGCGUUUAAAUUACCGUAAUAUUGAUAUUUUAAAUGUUCAGUGGUGCAGGAGGAGCAAAAGUGCGACUUAUAAUCCGGAAAAUACGGUUUUAUGUCACAUCUUUAGUAUCAAACCUUGUCAAAACUCCUCAAAUCAAAACAAAAUCUUCAAAGUUCAAGUCGUUUUUACUUGUGUAGAUAUUGUUUAGUGCCGUGUGGGUAAGAAACCUCCUCCACCUCGGGACGGGAACAGGAAGACGGGGCGACGUUUCGGCUGCGUCCAGUUUCAGUUCGUUUUACCUCCUCGACGCCUCAUCGCUCAAUCGCGCCAACUCCAGAGAGGAAGGGCCGAUACAGAGGCUUGUUUCUUAUUGGCUCUCGCUUCUCAGUGGGCGGGGUUUGUAGCUAAGGGGUGUGUUCUCGGUUGUGUUCGCGUUUUAUAAGUUUAAGUCCAAAUUUCAGAUGGACGGCUGUUGUUUUUUUUUAUUUAACUGUUUAUAAAGUUUGGUUGAACAAACUUUUAUCAGCGUUGGAACUUUUCAACUUAAAAACGAUUGAAAUUUAAACUUUUGACAGUUAAAAAAAUCGAUUAUUUUACUAUUUUCUUUUGUCGUGAGAGCAGAUAUUAAAACUUACGCGUGUUUUUUGUUUUAACGUGAACAGACCCGGCAACUUAAACCAUUUCAAAACAUUUAAUACGAUUUAUUUUUACGAUAAUUUCACCUCUUUUAACGAAACUUAUCGAGGAGCGUUGAGGACGGACGCAAACAGAAACACGACGCAGCCCCUGUCGCUACUCGUUUCUCCGAAUGGCGUGAUAACUUAUUAUUAAACACAUAGGGAUGCAAACAAAGAGAAAAGAGAUUAAUUUUGGACGUUUGUUCCGUAGCUUCUUCCUGUCAACGGGAAUGAAUGUUUUGUUUUCCAUCUGUUCUAUGGAUUAUUAUUUUUUUAUCUUUUAACAUUUGGAAAUAAAGAUACUUCAUGUCUGUUUAUCUUGAGCAUUUUAAAUUGAUAUUGUGAUUGGAUUUACAUUUGAAACUUGUCGAGUAAUGUGUAUGGUUUUUAAAAAUAAAAAUGUAUUUAGCCUAAA